AUGGAUGCGGAUACCCAAGCUCUCGUCGACAGGAGAUCUGGCGAAUUGGUCCAAUGGCACAUAUACUGGACAACACCGGCUCUCAUAGUGGCAUUGUUCAUGGCAGGGUUUGCGGCAGCAGUGGGUCAUCACUUGUUUUACAUGCAUCUCAAUGGGAAGCCUGCGACCGAGCAACUGAAGAUGGUGCGAUAUGCUACCCUGGAUUUUACCCAGGAGUCUAUAUACGACUUUCGGGACAUGAGUAAAUUCUGGCAGAAGAGCUUGAAUUUCUAUAACACCACUGAGCCAGCCGAAGAGGAAAGGAGAGAUGAAGCAGACUAUUCCGCGGCAACGAGUACAGGAAGCUUCUUUGACUACUACGAUCAGCCGUCCAAGAACGCGCGCCGCUUGGCGUUCAGUAGUGUAUACAUGCAGAAGCCACAGCCCCGCGAAAAUGCUUCUACCGUAUUCUGCGGAUCGGGCUGGAAUUGCACAUACACAAUAAGCUUCGUGGGACCUGGCUACAAAUGCGAGGAUGUUGACGAUACUGAUGAAUCUGACGCGCCGUUCGCAUUGUCUGAACUGGCGCCAAAAGGAAGUCUUGUAUACAAGGCUGAUGUUGAUCAAGAUGAUUACGGUUAUCAAGACCCGGGAAAUGGUACAGAGUCUUUAGGCGUAUUCAGGAAUGAGCCAAACCUAUGGAUCGGUUACGCCAUCAAUACCUCGGAGCCGUACUCGCACGAUGCGGAACCGGAAUACAAGGCCAAAUGGGGGAACGUACAUGACCAUCCCAUCGAGCCCCAGAAGAACAUGGAAGAAUACAAAGUAACGGCUUCCUUCCAUACUCUCGGUUCACUCCUCCGACGCUUCCUGCGUGGCAAGAUCGAAAAACAAAAGAUCCUCAUCACCUACUCGGAUCUAUCUGAGACGAGAUUAGUCAACAGCAGCACCUCGUACCCGUUGGUGGAUCUGAAGACAGAAAUACAGGACCUUUUCGAAGACAUACUCAUCACUCUUCUCAACGACCCAAAUCUAGUCGUGGUUCAGACUCAAGAAGUGCCCUGCACAAAGUCCCGAACCAUGAUGGUAUACGUGUAUUACAAACACUCACUUUGGGUCGGAUACGCAAUCGUCAUCGCAAUCACUUUCGCCUUCAUCCUGGUUGGCGCAUGGUCACUCCACAUGAAUGGGGUAGCAUCGGAUGUGCUCUUCUCUCGCAUCAUGGCUACUACCCGUAAUCCUACGCUGGAUCACUUGAGUGUUGGGGCGUGUUUGGGUGGGGACCCCUUUCCGAAGGAGCUGGCGAAGACGAAGCUGCGCUUUGGUGUGCUCCUUGAGGAUGAUCCUAGAGAGGGACCUUUGGGCAAGGUGGAGCAUUGCUGCUUUGGGACUAUGGGCGAGACGAAGGAGAUUGUCAAGGGUGGCACGUAUGCGGGACUGAAGGAGUAUAGGGUCGAUGCAUGA